AUGGCUGACGAAACAAACUUAACGGAGCCCAGCGCAUCAAACCCUCCAGCGAGCAACAGUUCUUUAGACACCCAUGCAUACGCGUCUCAGCAGAUUCCCAUCCGCCUGACCGUUUCCGAUGGCACGACCACCAGCACGCGUUACGUGUACAAAGCUGUGCUUUGUGCGCGUGCGCCGAUAUUCAUCGAACUCACCAGUGAUGGCGAUUGCGUCGAUUUUCCCAAUUGGCGAGUGGAGACCCUGGAGAGCUUCAUUGACUGGAUCAAUGGCGGACGAGUCUUGGUGAGAGGUUUAAGUGGCGGCGUGGAAAUCGAUGUCGACGAAGCGCUGAGAUACGACAACUGCUCAGCCUCGGAUGAUGACGCGAAAGUCAAGUCUGAAGAUCAGGUUAAGGACCAAGCGCUCUCUACUCGGCCUAUCCCCGCCAACGCUCCUUGGUACGCCUCUUUCCGCUGCGAUGCCAUCGCGCACGUUCUAGGGCGGGUGCUCGAUGUCUACAGCUUUGCACUCGUCGGAAGGAUCCCAACCCUCGCCAGUGACUGCGUGCUCGUCUGGCAGCGAAUCCUCUGCGCACCGCGUAACACAAUGGUCUACGCGCCGCUAAUCAGGGCCGCUGAACACGUCAAUCUGCAAAUCUUGCCAUCCGCCUUCCUAGCCAAGAUAUUCAGAUUGGUUGUCCGUCGUGCCAACAACGGACUGAACACAGAACACGGCAUACCUGAUCCCAACGACAAUUGGUGCCGAUAUCACGGCCAUGCCAACGAGGCUGAGGCUAACACCUGCCGCUACGCUCGGCCCGACGAUUGGGAUGUUCGCGGGACCGUUGCACGCCAGCACGCCCAGCAGCAGCGCAACAUCAACAGCGAAGCGACGCUAUUCCAAGGAGAAGCCAGCGAUGGUCCCGAGGAGGCAGUGAAGCCUUUACCGGUGGCUAACCCUAAUCAUGUAUUCACACCGGCCGCCACGCCUGCACAGACCGAGCCACCUCAUGAAGAUUAG